UGUGUGUGUGUAUGCGUGCAUACAAAACGUCUGAUCGUCGGUGCUACAACCAAAAUCGCCAUUUUUGUCUUGCUCCAAAACCUACCCGACGUUCCGGAACCGAUAUUAGGCUGGAUUUUCUGUUGGUUGGUGCCUCUAACCGACCGCGUCGAACCAUCGACCCUUCGCCGGAAGGGUUGUGCAGCGUGCCAACGCGUCCCAGGACCGUGUUGCUGGUGUAGGGCACCCAGUUUAUCACGGUCAAAAGUCGGCUGCAAAAUCCCAGCGCAGCGCUCCGCACUGCCUGUAGCGUGUACGUGUGUAUAUGUGUGUGCGUUUGCUGUUGUGCUCUGCUGUGUGUUGCUCGAAAGACGGACUUGCCUGCCCAAAGGUUCCCUUGUUCACGCUUGUUUGCUUGUGCUUUUCGCAGCUCAACUACAUACACGCACGCACACCACAUCGCGUGAGAUCAGCAUCAUAACUGGGCGAGUUGAGUUGGCCGCACACGAAAGGUUAAGCUUUUGCAUCAACAGCUGUGGAAGACGCCCGGGACAAGAAAGUGUGGGGAGGAGCGAAGAAGCAAAGUCCCAAAAUCAAGAGAACACGACCGAAGUAGCUAUGUGUUUGACAACAUUGACCGUCGAAAACAUCUAGAGAUAGAGUUCUGGUUCAACGCGAGAAGCACCUCGUAAUCAACCCAUCUAGACGGCGGCAACCGGGAGUUACCACCCAACGAACCCCCCAAUACCCCAAUACUUCAUUGAUCAGCGAGGGAAGCAUGAGGGCACGGCUGGUCGGACGUGCGAUGACGAUGAUACUGCAACUGCAAACGAUCAAGCAACAACACAACUGUGUGCAUCCAACGUUGUAGGGGAGGAAAAGCAAGAAAGAAAGAAGAAAAAGUCCUAUUUCAGCGUCGGUGGAACAUAAAAGUGAAAAGAAGAAGACCCCACAACGUAACCCAGCGCAAAGUAAUCUCACAUGGACAGAGUUGUGGAGCUGGUCAAAGAAACGCUAUUCGUCAUGAUAUGUGGAUGUUAAUGGAAGAGCUUCAGCACGAAUUCGAAACGAAGUAGGCUCUCGGAGGUGUGAGGAGAUUGCCAACGUACGACGCGACAACCAUCGGAACAUGGCGUCGGAUACGGAGGAUGAAUUGCUGCCGACCGCAUCCGUCAGUGCGGCGUCAUCGUCCACAACGUCGGCAACAAGGGCUGGUCGACGGUUGCGGAAUCGUAACGUGCUCAAUGUAGAGGACAGUGAUAACGACAGCAGUGGCAGUGGGCCAAUCGCCGGGCCAAGUCGGCGACGGACGGUGCCGGUCGCGAAGAUGGACCUGGCAUCGGAAAGCUCGGAGUGGGAAUCUGACUGGAACAGUGACGAGGAGCAGCUGCUGGAAAAGGGUGACAAGGACGCGGUGGCGGCCGUACUGGCCAGCAAGCUCGGUUACGCCUCCGACGAAUCGAGCGGUAGUAGCAGCAGCAAUGACAGCGAGAAAUGUCCAAUCUGUCUGCUGUCACUUCACAAUCAGGAGGUCGGCGUACCGGAGGUUUGUGAACACGUCUUCUGCGCUCCCUGUAUUGAGGAAUGGUCGCGCAACGUAUCCACCUGCCCGAUCGAUCGGAAAGGCUUUGAGCUGAUCAACAUCUACACGGAUCUGGAGCGGCGACAGCAACAGAAAGAGGUCCUGCGGGUGUAUCGCGUCCAACCGAAACCGGCCGAAGGUGAAGUGGACGGGCAGGGUGCGGAAGGGGCGGCAGGGCUGGCAGCGCCGGUGGAAGACGAACUGACGUACUGCGAGGUGUGCCGCCAAGCGCACAGCGAGGAAACGAUGCUGCUGUGCGAUUCGUGCAAUCUUGGCUACCACAUGGAGUGUCUGAAUCCGCCGUUGCUCGAGAUCCCGUCCGGUUCGUGGUACUGCGAUUGUUGCUUUGCGUCCGGUUCCGACGAGGAUGACAACGAGCUGCAGGAUCUGCUGGACGAUUUGAACGAGAUCGGUGGUAUGCGGGAGUCCCGGCUGCGACAGCGCAUCCACAGCCCGUUACGCAUCGUGCGGACGCGCCAGAGCGAGCGCAUACGGGCGGCAAUUUUAACGCGAGCCGCCGCCGCGGUACGGCUGAACAUGGUCCAAAGCUCGCCGGAUGGUGCUGCCGGGCCGUCGACGGUUGCGGCCAGGGUACGUCGGCUGGCGGCCGGUUCAUCGGCACACGGCGGUAGCAGCAGUAGCAGUAGCCUGGUGGCGGUCGCCGCCCCACCACGCGCCCGCAAAACAGUCAAACGGAAGAGACGACGUCGGACGCGACGAAAAAUCCUGAGCAUGAUCAUCUCCGAGUACGACGUGGAAGACAAUGACAACGGUACGGGCGUGGGAGGGCCCGGCGAGGGGCAAAAGUUUGCGAUCAAGCGCAAAAAGUUGUACAGUACGCUGCGGAAGCUGCGCAAGAAGCGUGCAAAACGGAGGAAAAGCAGCGGAAUUGGUGGGGGAAGCAGGCGUCGUAGUGCUGCUGCUGCCGCCGCAGCUCUGGCCGCCAACGGUGAAAGUGCGGACCUGCUGCGAGCCACGAAUGCAGUGACGGAUUCGGUACAGCGGCAGCGAAUCGGUGCCGGUAUAACGCCGCUAAAGAUUUUUGGCGGCCGUAACGAUCUGGACUAUUUCAGCGACGAUGACGAUGAAGAGGAGGGUAGCAGUACCGGUGGUGGCGGUGGUGCGGGCGGGACCGCUGGAUCGACACUGGUCGCCGGCGGAGCUAUGGGGGGGUCGCGUUUGCGAAACGUCCUCGGGCGCAGGCGAGUAUUGAAGAGUGGAUUCGAAAGUUUUAGCACACCUACGCCAAGCGAAACGGGCUCAACGGCGGGAACCGAUCUGCUCGGAAGCAUUCUCGAGAGUCAGGAGCGGUGGCAUUCGCGAGAUGGUUUGCGAAACGUACGCAUCAAUGGUGGAAAAAUCGUGUUCCCCGUCGACCCAGCGAACGGCGAACGUCGGCGAGCCCCGCCAACUCCUGCCGGUCCGAGUGGUGGAAAUGCGCGAGAAUCGUUUGGAGCUGUGAAUGUAGCCGCCAAUACGCCCGGGACCGGUACGACCACUCAAUCGCUCUCGGUCACCGGUGGAAGUAGUAACGGCGGAAGCAGCACCAGCACCGGGGCUGGCGGCACUAACUCUUCCUCGAACAGUAUCGUCACCAAUGGUACUGGGGCUGGAGGUGGAGCAAGCGGUAGUAGUAGCAAUAACGCCGGCGCAUCCACCACGUACCCGGGUUCAUCCGGUACCUCCGCAUUGAUUGAUUCUCCCAUGAGCAGCAAAGCGUCUGCAACCGCUACAGCAUCAAGCAGCAAGCGCAAAAAGGACGAUGACACGGAUGAGGAGGAUGAGGCGCUACCCAAGGAAUCGAAGGCUAUUGCCGAUGGCCGACUGCCGAAAGGCCUGUCCCACCAUGAUGUGGUGGAUGAUGGAGAUGCGGAGACGGGUGCAGGUGCUGCAGCCGAAAACAACUGUCCGAAUUUCUCCGUUUACUCAUCCGAGACACUGCAGUACGCGAAAGGUGGUGGCACCGACGGAAACCAACCGUACGAUCCGCUCGACAGUGAACAGCGUACCGAUGACGAAGAGGAGGACGAUCGGUUUGCCGGCGAACGGGAUGAAGAUUUGGUGCAGCUCGACGACGACGACAUGGACGGGGAGCCGUACACGGAUGCGAAGCUCAAUUCCGCAACAAACGCUGGCGCUACUGUGAAUGGUGGGGAUGAACCUGCAGCGGCAGAAGCGGAUGCAGCUACAGACGAGAACGACGAAGGCACACCAGCCCGCGACGAGUUCGACUCCGAGAGUGACGAUGAGUUGAAGAAGAUUGAGGCAGAUUCGAGCCGUGGCGGUGCGGAUGGGCGCCGGGAGGCUGGUGGGUUGGAUGCUCUAACGCCACCACUGACGACAUCGCUCGUUGCGGCACUGGGAGCAUCCGGGGCAGCAAUGGCAGCUGCAUCGGCAAUAGCUACGGCAAACUUUGGCGCACCGGCCGGUUUGAUGGGAGCCACUGCAGAGGACGAUCGUAGCUACACCCCAUGCUUGGAUGAGAAGUACCAAGAACGGCGGGAGCUGAUCGAUGCGGGAGAGGGUCCUUCCCUGCUCGACUCGUCCUCUCGAUUCCGCAGUCAGGGCAGCGCGAUUGAUUCGGCCGGUAUCGAUGGAAUGGAUACGGAAAUGAUCUCGGACGAAGAUGAUGCCCCGUUUGGGGACGCAUCAGCAGCAGCAGCAGCAGCAGCAGCAGCAGCGGCAGCGGCAGGAAGAGAUCCGGCCGAAGGUGGUCCAUCUACGUCGAAGGGAACCGCAGGUGGCCAACAGUCGUCCAAGCGCAAGGAGCAACUUGCGUCCUUCAAGAAGGUAACGAAAAAGGGCCGCGAGCGUAACUAUCGUGAGAAGGACACGAAGAAACGGUCGUCGCGAGAUCGUGGCCGGCGUGGAAACGACGCGAACGAACACGAUGACGCCGAAAGAGACGGACGUAAUGGGGACGGUGAUGGGGAGAGUGGCGCCGAAGGCAGGAAGUCGGACGACCGUCGGAAUCGACCCCGUCGACCGAAGCGGAAAGAGUUGCCCCGCUACGACAUUCGGUCGAUCAUAGCCGAGAAAAGGCCUCGCAUCUACAAAGAUCCGUUCGGCCGUGACAUUACACCGAAGCGACGGUCACGCACGUCCCGUUCUCCGACGCGCAGCCGAUCACGCGACCGACGCAACAUGUCCAUCUCGCUCUCACCCGAACCGAUGCCGGCGGUACGCUCGCGCGGUCCUACAGCCGGUUUCGGAGCGUCCCGAAGGCGUUCCAUAUCACCAGCGCUUCCAGCGCGCCACCGUGGUCGGUCCCCACCACCGCACGGAGUUCGUUCGCCCAUGCCCUCCUUCGCCCGCCGGUCGCCCCGUCGGUCUUCAUCGCGAUCACGCUCUCGUUCGAGAGGUGGUGGGGGCGGUGUCGGACGCGCUGGACCACUUGGCGGAAUGCGAUCACCUUCCCCCCGCUCACCACCACCAGCGCGUGGCCGCUUCGGGCGUUCGAUAUCCCGCUCGCGGUCCCAUUCGCCACCUUCCCACCAUCGUCCUGCGGUGCGUCGCGGCAGCUUCCGCCGAUCGCUUACACCCUCGCGUUCGCGCUCACCGCCCGACCGACGCGCAGCGCGUGCGAAAAAGAAAGCCAAGCGGAAGAAGCGCCUGGUGUCGGUUAGUCGUAGCAGAAGCCGCAGCAGAAGUCGUAGCCGCAGCCGCAGCCGUAGUCGCAGUCGCAGCCGAAGCCGUAGCCGAAGUCGGGGUCGCGGUCAUAAAGCGGCCCUCGCAGCACGCAACGCCGCUGGGCGUAAAAAGAAGAAUAAAAUCCGUCGCAGCGUGACACCCCCGGUGGCAAAAAGCAUCAACAAGAAGCAAAAGAAAAAGAAGGACCGUAAGCGAUCACUUUCAUCGCCGGUGGGGGGUGGUGGGUCGCGGUCGAGGUCGCGCACCCCACCGGCAGGUUCAAUGCUGCCGUCAUCCGGCAUACUUACCGAACGCUUCGGCAAAGGAUCCGGUGGACAGCGGCCGCGCGACAACACGUCCUGGACGCCGCCGCCUCUUCCACCGCUGAACGGCAGCACGCGUGCGAAAGCCACCAACGGACCGUCGGCUGCGUCAGCAUCGGGCGCAGCCAACUUGACCGUCAUUCUCACAAACGAGGAAGCGCUGGCGAAGCAGCAGGAGGAUCGGGAAGGGCGCAGCAGCAAGCAGGCGCGCAAGGAGGCACGACGCCGGGAGCGGGAGGCCCGCGAGAAGAAUGCCACUCUGCCCUCGAAGGAAGUAUUUACAUCGGGUGAUAAUAUUCUUGUAAGUGUUAGCUUUAACGAUAAGAGUGCAUCGUCGGUAGCGGCAUCGGGCUCAACGGGCAAGGACGGUGGACACGAUAAGGCACGGGCGGACCAUCACCACCACCACCACCACCACCAUCACCACCAUCAUGGCCUUGAGCGACCGGGUGGCAAGCAGCAGCAGCAGCAGCAGCAGCAGCAGCAGCAGCGGCAAAAGGACUCUACGGCCGCCCCCGGUUCCAGCUCGGCGGGCAAGCGGCAGCGGGCAGGGGAUGGCGAGCGGCCAAAGACUAAGCGACUCGACGGUCGGCUAAAGCAACGCACGCGUCCCACCGUUGACGUACCAACCAAACCGGUUGUAAUUAUCGAUCUGGAUGGUUCCCCGUUCCGCGUGCUGACACCGUCACCGAAGGCCGUUAUCGUGCUGUCGGACAGUGACACGGAGAAGGAUAAGGAACGACGCGGCGCGGGAACGGUGGGUGCGGGUGGCAGUGCGGGACUCUCCACGGCUGGUGCGAACAUCGAUCCAUCGGCUGUUGGUGCGGGUGCGGAGAAAACCAGCAGCAGCAACAAUGCUGGUGGAGGUGUAGGAUUGCUGUUGCGAACCGGUGGAGCACCGGGCAGUACGCUCGGCCAGUCGCUCGGAUUGAUGGAUGGGCCAGGCACGAGUAUGGCAACAGCGGCGGGUGGUGGUGGUGGUGCAGUAGCUGCGGGUACGUCGUCCGGCUCGAACGGUGGCGUGUUGCGGAAAACGCCACCCGAACGUCGCUCGUCGGUGGAUGACAUGUUUGGACCGAAAACACCGCCCGGAUUCCCCACCAGCAGCAGCAGCAACAGUGGAGGAGCCGGUGGUGGUGCCGGCCUUGGCAACCAGCAGUCGUUGAAGGCGAUGCAAGCACCAAAGUUCUCGAUGCAGGUCAAAACGAAAUCGACCAACGUGCGACCCGUCAACCCACUGUACGAUCCCGGCGAUCUGGACGAAGGCAAGGAGGAGGACGAUAGCCCCGAGCGGCAGGAUGGAACGGUGGCCGGUGACGGGCCCAUCAUCGGCGAGGAGGGUAGCGGUGACGUGCCCCAGUCACAGGGAGGCUUAGCAAUGGGGUACGGCACGGGUAGCGGUGUGGGUAGCGGUGCGAUAGCCACCGUAGGACCGAAUACGCCACCGGAGCCCGCCCCACAGUCACCAUCGCCCGAUGUGUACGAUCCUUUCGAACCGACCAAAUCGCCAUCCCCCUCGCCGACUCCGGGAGGUUCAUCCCGGGACCGAUCCGAUGCGCUCUCGAUUGGACGACUCUCGGACGAGGAGCAAAGUAAGGCGACCAACAGAGAGGGUCCCGGGUCCGGUUCGGGGACCGAUGGCAGCGGCAUCAAAAUGCUGGACAGUGUCACGGCCGGAAGUGUGGCUGGACCGAACGAUACCAUGAACGGCGGUGGCAACGUCGGAACGUCCGGCGUAGACUCACGCACCCCUCCCCAACCGCUAAUGGGACGCAGCAAUGGUAACAGCAGCAGCAAGGUCACACUGCUAAGCAACAUCGUGCUCGGUGGGUCAGCGACGAACGCGAGCGCGACGAAGGUAGCGGAUCAGGCCGGUGCCAAUUCCGAUUCGGACGUCAUCUUUGACGAGUUUGUACCAUCGGCGAGCGGAGCGAACAGCAACAACCUUAUCUCGAAGCUGCCACUCCCACUGGCCGGUACGGCCGGUGGGCAACAGGGACAGUCGGGUGGUGGUAAGUUUGGUGACUUCAUGAACCCGACCGACUCGCCCUACUCGCCCGGGGCGAGUGAUUUCGACGAUCUGUUUGAACCGCCCGGCGGCGGUGGCAUGGACAUGCCUGACUCGCCACCGAUGCAUUCGACGCACGCCGGCGGUAAGCAGCAGCCAAACCAUCAAUCGAACGCUCAACUCCAACCGGGCGGACGGUCGUCGAAACCGAUGCCACCGACGAAAGCGGCCAAAAAAUCGACCAACCAGUUCGAUUCCCUGUUCGGGUCAUCGCCGAACCAGCAGCACGGUGGCAAGCCGGGUGGCCGCAGCCGGAAGGGGCCGCACAAACGCUCGAAAGGAGGAAAAUCCAACCAAAAAGGUGACACCGCUAACGAUGAAAAUCCGUCUAAUCUGUCGGAUAAGGAGAAGUACCUGAAGAAACUCAACCGUCUCGAACGCGUUGUCGAGGAGGUCAAACUGGUCAUCAAACCUUACUACAACAAGAAGCAAAUCAACAAGGACGAAUACAAAGAUAUUUUGCGCCGCGCGGUGCCGAAGAUCACUCACAGCCGCACCGGCGAAAUAAAUCCUAUCAAAAUACAGAAGCUGAUCAAGGCGUACGUGCGCAAGAUACGCGCCAAGCGACGCCUGUCGAAGAAGGGUCCGGGUGGUACUACGAUUGGCGGGCUUGGAUUGCCGAUGGCAAACAAUAAUGCGAUCAUACUCUAAACGGCGCGCUUGAACCAGAAGCAAGCAAACGAAGGUGUAUGGAACGCGAUUCCUGUGUCCGCUGUAAAGAGUAAAGAGCAAAUGCGGGACGAACGAACGUAGAGGCGUAAGUGAACAAAGUAGGCAAAAUCAUAAAUCAUUAUUAUUCCACACGAUGGUGACACGGACGGCAGCGACACGCAAUAUCGAAUCGCGCGGCGAGAUCCUAUUCUGCAGCGAGUACGGAGUGUAAAAAUUACGAAACGAUUGUCAAAACAAAAAAAGGAAAGGAAAAGAAAGUUUAUCAAGCAGCGUAGCAGCGUAGGGUAUGGUAUUUUUAAUUCUAAUAAUGAUUAGUAGUGAGUAGCAUUAUAUGCAUAAGGUUCAUCAGUUGUAACGCGUCUUUUAAGUGAAAAUGCUGUCGUUAGUUGUGUGUGUGUGUGUACAGCGAGGCGUGAACCCUUCCCCCCCCCCUCCCCCCGCAGUACGCCGUAGGAUAGGAUGCCUUUUCUGUAAUCAUACACGGUUUAUUAAUGGUAAAAAUUGGUGCCCACCCCCCACCCCCCCCCCCCCCAUCUUCUUUCUUCCGCUAAAGUUGCUGGCCCUGUCUUAAAUGAAGCAGAAUUCCAUUGCGCGACGGAAGGCUACACAGUACAUAGCGCACGCAUAGAGCUCGGUUCUUUCGCAUUCACGCCGGCCAACACCGAUCGCCGGUGGCAGCAAGCAAAGUCAACUAAACCGUGUAGUAGUAGUAGUCGUUCGUGUAGUAUAAAACAUUUAAAAUUAAUUUGCGGAUCGGUAACGGAUUCGGUUGCGUGCGAGCGCAGUGCCAGCAGGAGUGAAAUCGAAACUGCUGAUGCUUGCGGGAGAGAGACUUUGAACAAAAAACAAAUCUACUAACCUUACUGUUUUAGAUGCAAACAUACUGGCAAAAGGGCAAAGCGUGCGAGUAAGAAGAAAAGAAUGUUAAACACCUGUUCGGCGUGUAACGGUGGUAGUAAGUAGAAAUAGUAAUAACGGUAGGGCAUACGUAGAACACAGGAUCCGUGUGAGUAGCAAACAGCAAACAUUAUUCGGCGCCUGCCCGAACUAUAAACAGUGUUAGUGCAUAAGUAACAUUAGAGCCCGCUGGACAUUGCGGCACUGGCAGCGUCAACAACAACCCCGUCAGAGAUCGUGAAAGGGGGGUUUCAUAUUCCUUUCGCGGUGUGUGUGUGUGUGUGUGUGUAUGGAGGAAUCUGUAACCCCGGGGCUGCAAAUUAACCGUGGCGGAGAAGGUGGCACCACGGUGACUGCUGCCGCCUGUUGUCUGCCGGCAAAGCAAAACAGAUGUAAGGCUUCAGAUAUUUAUAGAUUGAUUGUAUUAUAGACAAAUGGCAAUCUGUGGUGUUGGCGGCAAGGCAACCACUUGAAGGAGAGAACUAACCGCUUAUCAAUUACGAUUCGCCCGUGUUUGGGUGUGUGUGGAUAACUUUAGACGAGACCGGGCAAGCAAUGCAUGCCCAGAUAGAAUCCUUCCCUCACUAUCCCUGUUGUCACACCCUAAACGCUAAAGCAGGAUUAAUAUACAUAUUUAUUAUCGUAAUAUCUACUGCACCCACACACACACACAUACUACAGUCACGCGCCUAGCAUAUGAUAAUACACAAGCAGCACUCGUACGAUCAGGCAUCGUUGGCUGGCAGCGCGAACACACUAAGGUGAUAGCCGGCCAAUGAUGGGUACCCGUACCCGGUUCCCGAAUAUUGUAUGUGCUUUUCAUGGCUCAAUUAAUGCGAAUCGAAUUCCUUCAUUCUCACUGCACGCCAACCGUCAACCGGGCGCGCGAAGCACUGAACUGAGUGAAUUAUAAAGCCGGUAAAGAUUAUAUUUAUGAGCGGUUUCUAGACCACCGCGCGCUGUGUAUUUUCUAAUGUUGUCUAACUCACACCUAGCUACUCGUGGAAUGAUUGCGAAAACGAAAGGGAAAUGUGAAGAGCAACACAGCACGACGAGACGUGGUUUGUGUGUCGAAAUGGUGAAAGGAAAGGAUGUGAAAAGGCAUGAAUGAAGCACAGUGAUCGUCGUGCUAUCUGUGGCGCCCGAACCAUAGGAGGGUGUAAUGGUAAACUUCAGCCCACACACAGAGACAGUCACGGCAAAUUUGGAACUGGAAAGAAACAUUUGGUUUAAUAAAAAUGCUACUAUUUAAGCAAAAUGAAAAA